AUGGCGACCACUGUCGGUAAGUUACCCGAGUUCCAACAAGAGGACGGUAACUUCGAGGUAUACCUGGAGCGGUUCGAAGUAUUUGCCGCGGCCAAUGACAUCGCGGAAGACAAGAAGCUUCCAAUCUUUCUCACGGCUAUAGGUGAGAAUGCCUACGUCACGCUUCGGAGCUUGCUGCUGCCUAAAACACUAGCUAAGACGGCAUUCACGGAGGUUGUUGACGUUCUGAAGAAGCAUUACGCUCCCAAGCGCUCCGUGGUCACCGAAAGGUAUCGUUUUUACCAGCGAAAGCAAGAGCCGCAUGAGACUGUCGCAGAAUUUAUAGUCGAAUUGAAGAAACUCGCGGCAACAUGCGAAUUCGGUGCCUUUUUGACCGAAGCAUUGCGUGACCGGCUCGUCGCUGGAAUACGUACCGAGGGAGUACGAUGCAGGCUAUUGGCAAUGCCAGACGAGGAAGUAACGUGGGAACGCGCAUGCAGCGUAGCCAUGGCCAUGGAAGCGGCAACACAAGACACGAAAGAAAUGCUGCAAACCAGUUCUAAAGGAGCAGCUGUAGAAACGGAGGACAUCUACUGGCAACAGAAAAUCUCACAACCGAGUAAAGCACCUUCGAGGGAAGCGCCGACGCAGUCCAGCUGGGACAAGGAAAAUGGGGCAGCGAAAGAACAAACGAAAAGAAUGUGUCACCGAUGCGGAGGACAGCAUUCACCCGAGCCAUCAGUGCCGGUCUCCGACCCCGGCCAGGUCUUGCCCUGGUCGGCCAGUCGCCCUGCUGAAUCGGUACCACUAGAGUGUUUCCUCAAGAACAGCGUAAGCAGUUUGCCUGUCGCGCUUGUGCCCACUGAUGGUGGAGCCAUUCGGUUGAGUGAAACGGAGGUGUUUCAAGAAGAACUUCGCAACAUAAGCGGUCAUCUUCUGGACAUCUCAGAGGUCCUCAUUGAGAUGUGCGAGUUGCGGUGGGGCACAUGCCGCAUCAAAUCGUCAGGUAGACAACUGCAGGUGUUGCCUAUGUGA